GGCCCGUGGGCGGUGCCUUCCUUCUUCCCUCUGCCGGUCCCGGGAGCGCCCGGAGCUCUGAUCGCAGAGGCGGCGGGAGCUGCUCCGGUGGUUCUGACUCGCCCAAACAUGGCCACCCAGAUGUUUGAGGGGAGAGGACAUGCAGCUGUCUACCAGAAAUACAGGUUUGCUCCAGGGGAAGAGCUGCAGCGAGCCAUCCUCACCUACCUGAAGGAGAAGAGAGCAAACCCUCCUGAGCUGGUGGUGGAUGUCGGCUGUGGGUCCGGACAAGGCACCCGCUUCCUUGCGGAGCACUUCAAGAAGGUGGUGGGAACAGACAUCAGUGAAGCACAGAUCCAGGAGGCCAGGGACACCCCCUCCUCACCUAACGUCUCCUACCUUGUGUGCCCUGCAGAGGAGCUGCCCUUUGAGGAUGCCUCUGUGGACCUCCUGGCUGCAUUUACAGCUGCUCACUGGUUUGAUAUUGAGAAGUUCAUGAGAGAAGCAAAUCGAGUCAUUAAGCCAGGAGGUUGUGUGGCCAUCAGCACUUACACCCUGGACAUGAGUCUGCACUAUGGAAACUGUUCAGAAAAGCUGACCAAAAUCUACAAGGAGGUCUGGGAUGUGCUUUCCAAACACUCACACAGUAAAGUAAAACACGUCCUGGAAAACUACAAAGAGAUAUUUGAGGCCUUACCAUUCUCGGACAAGAAGAGAAUCACAGAUAUCUAUGACAAAAUUCCCAUGACAGUUGCUGGUGUGGUUGGUUACCUAGAGUCUGUUUCUCAGUAUCAAGUUCUUCUGAAGAGUGAUCCUGAAGCUGCCAAAUCCCUCCUCCGGGACACUGAAAAGAGGAUGCUGGAGACAAUGGGAGUUUCUUCUCCUGAAACCCCACUGGAGUUCUGGGUGAGGCAUGUCUGUGUACUGGGGUGUAAGGGAUUGUGAGAAGAAGCCCUGCUCCUAGUGUUGGAAGAGGAGGGAAAAUAUGACCACUCUUAUUCCCUGAGAAGAUUGGUGCUAAAUUUGCGGAUUGGAGUUUUGAUCUUUUGUGGAAAAGAGGCAGAGGGCUGUGCCUGCUCUCUGCUUCCUAUCAGCAUUGGUCCUUCUGUCUGCCCAGUUCUGUGCCUGCAGCAUGGGAAGGGUCCAGCUUCAAACUAGUGGUGACUGAAGUUGUCUGUGGGGAUGAGAAUCAAAGUAACAGCUGGGAAACUUGCUGUGUUUCUUAA